UCCUGUACCCAUGAGCCUCUUCCCUUUGGUUGCACGGCGCAGGCGUCACUGCAAAGAGUUUGUAGCUGCCAAGAUUCACAGUUGCUUUACUUGCUCGCGUACAGGACAGUAGGAAGGGGGUGUUCAGCUGCACAAAAACAGCCAGGCUUCUCUUUUUCCUGUUUGACCUACUUUGAAAGUAAGUUUCAGGAAUUUCAGGCUUGUGUAGCUAAACUGCUGAAUCAGAAUGGACAAUCCUGAGCUUGCUGCCAAGUUAAUGUCCAAGGUGCAGAUGGCAAAGGACACCAAGGAUGAGGACAAGUUGUACAGAUACAAGGGGGUGCUGUACCCACGCCUGAUGUGCCCUGAGGAACAUCUAAAGGUUCUGGGGACCUUCCAGGCCAGAGAGGACGAUGUCAUGACGGUGGCUUAUCCCAAAUGUGGUUUUAACUGGAUGGUGGGGGUGGUGAAGAGGAUUACAGAUAUAAUCGAGUCCACAGGGGUGAAACCAGAAUCCAAGGGGGCACCGCUGAUUGAGUUUAUGGGACCAGACAUCUUAAAGGACUUGGCUCAGGAUCCCUCUCCGAGGGUUCUGGGGACUCACAUGCACCCUGACAACAUCCCUGCUUCCUUCUAUGCAAAGAAAACUAAGAUGCUGGUGAUCUUCAGGAAUCCUAAAGACACUCUAGUUUCCUAUUAUCACUUCUACAACAACAACGUGGUCCUCCCGACCGUACAGUCGUGGGAAUCCUUCUUCUCCGACUUCAUGAGUGGAGAAGUUUGCUGGGGGUCCUAUUUUGACCAUGCUUUGGCCUGGGAGAAGAUGAUGGAUGACCCCAACGUCAUGAUCGUCACCUACGAAGACAUAAAACAGGACCUGAUCCAGGGCAUCCGUCAGAUCUCUGCCUUCUUUGGCUUCAGCCUGACUGAGGCUCAGGUGCAGCAUGUUGCAGGAGAAAGCUCCUUCAGUGCCAUGAAGGCUAGAGCCACUAACACCCAUGGUGUUAUGGCAGGUGUUGUCUUCAGAAAAGGUGAGGUCGGGGACUGGAGGAACCAUUUUACGCCAGAACAGAGCAAAGAGAUGGAUGAAGCCUUCAACAAGCAUCUGGCAGGUACCAGGCUGGGAGCCAAACUCCGCUACCAGCUGCACUGUCAGUAGGAUGCAAGGGAAGAUAGAUAGAAGGAGAAGAAAGCUAGGGAGAGAAAGGGAGACUUUUCUGCCAUGAGCUGAGCCAGAUAGAGCUACUCAGUCAGUGGACAGGCCAUUCCUGAUCUGGUCUGGACUGUAACUCCAUCCCUGACUUCAACUCUUAACCAUCUCUAACCUGACGUGUUGCAGGCAGUAUGGUACCUGAGAGAAGCCACUACCUGGGAGGCUGAGCUCAGGACCAAUGUCUAUUUUUAGUCUCUGUUAUGAAUAAAGAUGUGUCAAGAUUAAAGCUCUGCUUAUAGGCAAUAAUAAACUGUACAUUAUAAACUGUUACACCAUUCUUUCACUGUAAUAAAUUAAUGACAAAUAAACAAAUUGAAAUAAGACAUGAAUAAAUAAAUAUCCCACUAUGAGAAGUGUAAGAAAAGAUGGAUGAAAAGGAAGAAAGAGAGGAUCCAAGAGUGCAUUAUGGUUUUAACUCCAUUCUGUGAACCUGUCUAGCUGUACCAGGUCUGCAGUGGAAAAUAUGACAGGAAUAGUUUGAUGUUGUGGAGAUCACAAGGUUAUAACCAGCCAGGGAAAGGUAUAGCACACAGACAACUGUAAAAGGCUUUACACUUCAGUUUUCGUACAACUGAGAUAUUGUCCAUUAGGUGUACCUAAUGACCUGCCAACUGAUGAUUUAAGUUGACUUUGUGUUUUUUUGAUUGAUUGAUUGAUUUUAUUCUUUCAAGCAUGUAAAGACAGUCGAUAUGUC